AUGGCAUCUAAUGAACCAGGCCCAGUCAGAGGAGUUGGGCCAGUGUCCAUACCAGAUGAUAAGAAGCCAGCUGCAACCGUGUCAAAGGUGGUCAAGUAUGAGAAUGUUAAUGUGCUGCCACAGACACCACAGCUGAUUGCUCUAUUGACUAUGAUUCGAGACCAACAGACCUGCCGAGCAGAUUUCGUCUUCUACUCCAACCGAAUCAUCCGUCUACUCGUUGAAGAAGGCCUGAACCAUCUACCUGUGGUGCAAAAGACCGUCACCACCCCCGUCGGCCAUUCGUACGCGGGCGUAGGCUUCGAGGGCAAAAUAUGCGGUGUUUCUAUCAUGCGGGCCGGCGAGGCGAUGGAGCAGGGUCUUCGUGACUGCUGUAGAUCAGUUCGCAUUGGAAAGAUCCUGAUACAGAGAGAUGAAGAGACGUGCAAGCCGGCGUUGUUUUAUGAGAAGCUGCCUCAGGACAUUGCGAGUAGAUGGGUUCUCCUACUUGACCCUAUGUUUGCUACUGGCGGUUCUGCAACUAUGGCGGUUGAAGUAUUAAAGUCCAAGGGCGUGCCGGAGGACCAUAUUCUAUUUAUAAAUCUCAUUGCCAGCCCGUCGGGAGUUGCUGAUUUUGCUGAGAGGUUCCCCGAGCUGAGGGUUGUGACGGCUUUCAUUGACCAGGGCUUGGAUGAGAAGAAGUUCGUUCCCGUCCCCAUAUCCGUACCUUUUGAGGACGUUCAUGCUGAUGCUUGUCUUAGAGUAUCUGAAUCGUCCAUUUGCUUAUACCAGAGUACCUGGGACGGCCGUCGUUGGGUUAACUGA